CGUUCAUGUGACAAGUGCGCUCACGUGACCACGCGCGGCGACGGCGGCGGCGGCGGCAGCGCGAUGGUGGCAGGGUUGGCGCGUUUCGUGCUGCUGCUCGGGCUCGCAACGCGCGGGCCCGCGCCCGCAGGUGCCGCCAAGAUGAAGGUGGUGGAAGAGCCCAACACGUUCGGGCUCAACAACCCGUUCCUGCCCCAGACCAGUCGUCUCCAGCCCAGGAGAGAUCCUUCACCCGUGUCUGGGCCCGUGCAUCUCUCCAGACUUUCUGGCAAGUGCUUCAGCCUGGUGGAGUCCACGUACAAGUACGAGCUCUGCCCGUUCCACAACGUGACGCAGCACGAGCAGACCUUCCGCUGGAACGCCUACAGUGGGAUCCUCGGCAUCUGGCACGAGUGGGAAAUCGCCAACAACACCUUCAGGGGCAUGUGGAUGAGGGACGGUGACUCCUGCCACUCCCGGAGCCGGCAGAGCAAGGUGGAGCUCACCUGUGGCAAAACCAACCGGUUGGCCCACGUCUCUGAGCCAAGCACCUGUGUCUACGCACUGACGUUCGAGACGCCCCUCGUCUGCCACCCCCACUCCUUGUUAGUGUACCCGGCCCUGCCCAUGGCCCUGCAGCAGAGGUGGGACCGGGUGGAGCAGGACCUGGCAGAUGAGCUGAUCACGUCCCAGGGCUACGAGAAGUCGCUCAGGGCGAUUUUUGAGGAUGCUGGUUAUUUAAAGACUCCAGAACAAAGUGAAUCGGUGCAGCAGGAAGGAGGUGCCAAGGGCCUGGUGUUUCAAACGCUGGAGAGCUGUAACGAGGCACAUAAAGCCCUGUCAAAGGAGAUGAAAAGACUUAAAAGCAUACUGACCCAGCACAGCCUCCCCUACGUGAAGCCUGCAGAAACUUCCAGCUCUGAGCACUUGGGUCCCAGGACACCCACGGACAAGACAGCAGAGCUGCUACGAGGCGACCCUGGACUGCGUGGGAACACCCUGUGAUCUGGGGCAGGAGGAGCAGGGCGACAGGUCUCAGCCAGAGGACACCUUCCUCUGUUCCUUCUGUGCCAGCAGGCUCUCGGGGUUGUGCGCAAAGAUGCAGACAAAAUAAAGAUUCAAAGUUUUAAUUAA